AUGACCACAUCGAUUAAUUUUCCGACCGAUAUCAAAUCAUCAGCAUUGGAGCUAAUUGGAAACACUCCACUUAUUGCGUUGGAUCGUUUGCAUCCAGGACCUGGCCGUAUCUUAGCGAAAUGUGAAUUCAUGAAUCCAGGCGCUUCAAUAAAAUGUCGUUCUGCUUUACAUAUGAUACAAAAAGCUCGCGAGCGUGGAGAUUUGGAAACCGGCAAACCUGUUAUAGAAGUUACAUCAGGAAACCAGGGUUGUGGUCUUGCAGUUGUAUGUGCGGUAUUAGGACACCCGUUAACGCUCACUAUGUCUAAAGGUAAUAGUGUGCAGCGAGCAAUACAUAUGGAAGCUCUUGGUGCAAAAUGUAUAAGAUAUCCUCAAGUGGAUGGAACGUAUGGAAAUGUUACGUAUGCUGACGUGUCCAUCCCUAUAGAAGCCGCAGUUACUAUAGCUAAAGAAACAGGGGCCUAUUUUGUACAGCAAUUAUGCAACGAAGAUAAUACAGCUGCGCAUUACGAAACAACAGGACCCGAAAUUUGGAGACAAACUGGACAUCGGGUUAACGGCUUUGUGGCUGCUGUCGGAACAUCGGGAACUUUUAGCGGUGUAUCAAAAUUUUUGAAGGAACAAAAUCCCGAAAUCGUAUGUUGUGUUGUGGAACCAGCCGGCUCUGAACCGCUUAAAGGAUGUCCCAUUGUAAAACCUAAACAUUUGCUUCAGGGAUCGAGUUAUGGAAUAGUUCCCGAUUUAUUCAAACCCGAUCUUAUGGAUGAAAGUAUAAGUGUUAGUGAUGAAGAAACGGAACUUUACAAAGAUUUAAUUGGCAGGAAAGAGGGAUUGUAUGUGGGUUAUACCAGUGGUGCAAACGUUGCUGCUGCUGUGAAGUUGUUGAAUUCAGGGAAAUUGCCAAAAGAUGCAUGGGUUGUUACUAUACUUUGUGACUCGGGCCUAAAAUAUACUCCAGUUUCAGAAGCCUUAAUAAACUAG